CCGGGCGCACAGCUCGUUUCGCUAGAUUUCCGAUCACCACUUGCCCUACCACUCUUCUUCUUGAUUUUAUCCCAUCUCCACUUUUCCUGUUUGCGAAUCAAUUUCUAGAUCUAAAUCAGCAAGUGGGUUGGUUCGGUCAAUUUGUAGCUUAUUUUCCUUGAUCUGUUUAGAUCUCUGUACGCACAGGAAGGAAGAUCACUUCAAUUUGUUCAGAUCUUCUUGAAACAAGGUUAAGAAGAUCAUUUCGCAGGAGCAUGUCAUUUGUUAUCAGAUUUUCCAUUGGAAUUGUAAUGUAGGAGAGAGUUUAGGGAUUAAUGUGCUUAAGUGAGAAGUUCUUGGAAGAAGAAGAAGAAGUCGAAUUCUCGGGAUAGCAUAGCAUAUGUUACAUGUAAAUCGGGAUGGAGACUAACUCUACUGUUGAGGUGCACGAUAAUCAGAAGCAAGGGUUCGACUUGGGAGUAUUUGUUGGGGAUUUAGCUCUCGAUGAAGAUGCAAGCAGUGAUGAUGCAUCAUUGGAUGGGCUAGAAGAGGAACUUGACGAAUGUAAAGAUGAUGAUGAAGUCAAAAACAUACUUGCUAAAGGCACAAAACUAAGGGAAUACACGAAGGGUGUUGAAAACAAUGUACGCAAAGUUGAAUUGGACUCCAUACAGGAUUACAUUAGAGAAAGUGAAAACUUGGUCUUAUUGCAUGAUCAAAUUCGUGAUUGUGACAAUAUUUUGUCACAGAUGGAAACUCUUCUCAGUGGGUUUCAGGCAGAGAUUGGUUCGAUCAGCUCCGAGAUAAAAAUUCUUCAGGAGAAGUCAAUGGACAUGGGUCUUAAGUUGAAAAAUCGUAAGGCUGCAGAGUCUAAAUUGUCAAAAUUUGUAGAAGACAUUAUAGUGCCCCCACGGAUGGUUGACAUAAUUGUUGAUGGAGAGGUAAAUGAAGAAUAUAUGAGAACGCUUGAAAUUCUAAGCAAAAAGCUGAAAUUUGUCGCAGUCGAUUCCAUGGUAAAAUCAUCCCAGGCUCUAAAAGAUGUUCAGCCUGAGCUCGAAAGACUCCGACAAAAAGCAGUCUCAAAGGUAUUUGAGUUUAUCAUACAGAAGCUCUAUGCCUUGAGAAAACCCAAAACAAAUAUUCAGAUUCUUCAGCAAAGUGUUCUUCUGAAGUACAAGUACUUGAUCCUUUUCCUGAAGGAACAUAGUAAGGAGAUCUAUGCAGAGGUUCGUGCCGCAUAUAUUGAUACAAUGAACAAGGUCUUAAGUGCACAUUUUCGUGCAUAUAUACAAGCAUUGGAGAAAUUGCAGCUGGAUAUAGCUUCAGCAACUGAUCUAAUUGGAGUUGAAACUAGGAGUGCCAGCCUUUUCUCGCGAGGAAAAGAAACUUUAAAGUCUCGUUCUUCAGUUUUUGCCUUAGGCGAGAGAAUAAACAUUUUAAAGGAAAUUGAUCAGCCUGCAUUGAUACCACAUAUAGCUGAAGCCAACUCUCUAAAAUAUCCAUAUGAAGUUCUCUUUAGAAGCUUGCACAAGCUUCUGAUGGAUACUGCUACUUCAGAGUAUCUUUUCUGUGACGAUUUCUUUGGAGAGGAAUCCAUUUUUCAUGAGAUAUUUACAGGACCAUUCCAGGUUAUAGACGAUCAUUUCAAUACAGUACUUUCAAAUAGCUAUGAUGCGAUUGGUUUGAUGAUUAUGAUCCGUAUUAUUCAUCAACACCAGCUUAUCAUGUUUAGGCGGCGAGUUCCUUGCUUGGAUUCAUACUUAGACAAGGUCAAUAUGUCUCUCUGGCCUCGGUUCAAGAUGGUAUUUGAUCUGCAUCUUAAUAGCUUGCGCAAUGCCAACAUUAAGGCACUGUGGGAGGAUGACGUUCAUCCGCAUUAUGUGAUGAGACGGUAUGCCGAAUUCACAGCAUCUCUUGUUCACCUUAAUGUUGAAUCUGGCGAUGGUCAGGUGACUCAGCUUGAUCUCAAUCUUGAGAGACUGCGGAUGGCUGUUGAAGACUUGCUUGUUAAGUUGGCUAAGAUGUUCUCAAAACCCAAGUCGCAAACAGUUUUCCUCAUAAACAAUUAUGAUAUGACAAUUGCUAUACUAAAGGAAGCUGGUACGGAAGGCGGAAAAGCACAAUUGCACUUCGAGGAACUUCUAAAGAGCAGUAUUGCUAUUUACGUGGAAGAACUGCUUCUGGAGCAUUUCAGCGAUCUAAUCAAAUUCGUCAAGACACGAGCAUCCGAAGAGACGGCGGCCACAAGUGCAGAAAAACCAACUGUUAGCGAUGCGGAGCCUCUAGUCAAGGAUUUUGCGAGCAGGUGGAAGGCAGCUAUCGAGCUGAUGCACAAAGACGUGAUUACUUCUUUCAGCAACUUUUUAUGCGGGAUGGAGAUCCUCAAGGCCGCCCUUACGCAGCUGCUGCUCUACUACACGAGGCUCUCAGAGUGCGUGAAGAGAAUCUCCGGUGGUUCCGCUCUUAACAAGGACUUGGUUUCCAUAUCCUCGAUACUCUACGAGAUCAAGAAGUACUCGAGGACAUUUUAGUUCUUCACUUAAUUUUUUUUUUUUUUUGUUCAUUUGUAAAAUUUUUACAAAACAGAGAGGAAAAGGUAUACUUCAGCGUACGACGAGUCGGCGAGCUUUUGUGCAUUUGAAUCUUUCAUCUAAGAUGCUUACUUAUGCAACACAUUAUGGACUAGCCACAUACAUUAUGUAUCAGAGGUUACUUAUCUUUGAGUUCUGAACAUGUAAUGCUGUAUUCUCUGGAAUACAUUUGGAUAGAGAAGGAUGCUUUUGUGAGACCCAUGGUUCAGUCAGAACUAUAGCCUGGUUUCAAUUUUCUUUUA